AUGGCGCGCGCGGCGGGGUCCGAGCGGCGGCUCCUGGUCAUCUACACCGGAGGCACCAUCGGCAUGCGGAGCGAGCGCGGCGUGCUUGUCCCUGGGAAGGGCCUGGCCGCCGUUCUGAGGACGCUGCCCAUGUUCCACGAUGAGGGGCACGCCCAGGCCUGUGGCCUCCCCGAGGACACCUUAGUGCUGCCCCCCGCCUGCCCCGACCAGAGGGUCAUGUACACGGUGCUGGAGUGCCAGCCUCUCUUCGACUCCAGUGACAUGACCAUCACCGAGUGGGUUCAGAUCGCCCAGACCAUCGAGAGCCACUACGGGCAGUACCAUGGCUUUGUGGUCAUCCACGGCACCGACACCAUGGCCUUCGCCGCCUCCGUGCUCUCCUUCAUGCUGGAAAACCUGCAGAAAACGGUCAUCCUCACUGGUGCCCAGGUGCCCAUCCACGCCCUGUGGAACGACGGCCGUGAGAACCUGCUGGGUGCCCUGCUGCUGGCUGGCCAGUACGUGAUCCCCGAGGUCUGCCUGUUCUUCCAGAACCAGCUGUUUCGGGGCAACCGAGUGACCAAGGUGGACACGCGCAGGUUUGCGGCCUUCUGCUCCCCCAACCUGCCCCCUCUGGCCACCGUGGGCGCUGAUGUCACAAUCAACUGGGAGCUGGUGCGGAGGGUCCGUGGGCAGGGCCGGCUGGUGGUGCACAGCAGCGUGGAGCACGACGUCGGCCUGCUGCGCCUCUACCCUGGGAUCCCCGCCACCCUGGUCCGGCUCUUCCUGCAGCCCCCCCUGAAGGGCGUGGUCAUGGAAACCUUCGGAUCGGGAAACGGGCCCACCAAGCCCGACCUGCUUCAGGAGCUGCGGGUGGCAGCUGAGCGAGGCCUAGUCAUCGUCAACUGCACCCACUGCCUUCAGGGCGCCGUCACCUCGGACUAUGGCGCUGGCACGGCCCUGGCGGGAGCCGGCACCAUCUCAGGCUCCGACAUGACAUCGGAGGCGGCCCUGGCCAAGCUGUCGUAUGUGCUUGGCCUGCCGGGGCUGAGCCUGGACGGCAGGAAGGAGCUGCUGGCCAGGGACCUGCGCGGGGAGAUGACGCCGCCUGCUGCGGACGAGCUCCGGCCCUCUCUGCGGGGCAGCACGCUGGGCCGCGGGGUCGCCCAGCUCCUUAGGCUGAGCCAGGAGGCUGAUGACGUGCGGGAUGCCCUGGCACCCAGCCUGGCCUGUGCCGCGGCCCACGCUGGCGACCUGGAGGCCCUGCAGGCGCUUGCAGAGCUGGGCAGUGACCUGAGCCUGGAGGACUUUGGUGGUCAAACUCCGCUGCACUCGGCCGCCCGAGGGGGCCAGGUUGGGGUGGUCACCAUGCUGCUGCAGAGAGGGCUGGACGUGAAUGCACGGGACAAGGAUGGCCUCAGCCCGCUGCUGCUGGCCGUGAGGGGCAGGCAUCAGGGUGUCAUUGGGCUGCUGCGGGCAGCUGGGGCCUGCCUGUCCCCCCAGGAGCUGGAGGACUCGGGGACAGAGCUAUGCAGGCUGGCAUCCAGGGCAGACUGUGAAGGCCUGCAGGCGUGGUGGCAGGCAGGGGCCGACCUGAGGCAGCCGGGCUAUGACGGGCGCAGCGCCCUGCUUGUCGCAGAGGCCGCUGGGAACCUGGAAGUGGUGGCCCUUCUGCAGAGCCUUCAGGAUGGGGUUGGUGACCAGGCCCUGGGCCCAGAAGUGCUGCCUGGUGUCUAA